AUGGCUGGCGCUCUGGGACUCGAUUUGGCAUCGAAACGGAAACGUACACGAAGCGACUACGUGUACCACGAAGAUUACAGGUCGAGAUGGAACGACAAUGAUAUGUUCCAUCAUCUCAACAAUCCGAUCUACGGCGUGCUCAUUGAUUCAAUCAUCAACUCGUACUUAAUUCAGAAGACUGGAUACAGCACAUCGGGAUCACCUCACAUUGGUCUUGUGGGCUCUUCGUACUGCGAUUAUUUCGGGUCUGCUCACUAUCCUGGCAUGCUGAACAUUGGCCUUAGAGUGGUGAAGCUAGGAAAGAGUAGUGUGAUGUAUGAAGUCGGCGUAUUCCAAGAAGGCGAGGACCAGGUCAAAGCUGUCGGCGGCUUUAUACAGAUAUGGGUCGAACGCAAGAGCAACAAACCCACGAGUGAAGGCAUUCCGGCUCAUGUUCGACGCCAGUUGGAACCUCUUUUGAAGGGCAGCGAACAAGAUCCAUCGCUUCAAUCCAAGCUCUGA